AUGGAUUUCAUGGGACCCUUCCCAUCUUCUGAAGGCAAUCUCUACAUUCUGGUGGCAGUGGACUAUGUGUCCAAAUGGAUAGAGGCGAAGGCAACGAGGACGUGUGAGUCUAGGAAGGUGGCCAAGUUCUUAGAAUCAAACAUCUUUACCCUAACCAUCGAUGCCUUGAUGAGUAAGUAUGACGUCCACCACCGCCUGUCCACACCUUACCACCAACAGUCAAAUGGCCAGGCUGAAGUGUCGAGCAGAGAGAUCAAGGAGAUCUUAGAAAAGAUGAAUGUCCCCUACGGGCUGGUAUUUGGGAAGAUGUGCCAUCUGCCUAUGGGAGUCGAGCAUCUAGCUUUCUGGGUGAUCAAAGAAAUGAACCUGAAUGUCGAGUUUGGUGCUGAAGAGAGGAGAUUGCAGCUGCAAGAGCUCGAGGAGCUCCGCCUUGAUGCCUACGAUUCUUCCAUGUGGUAUAAGGAAAAGAUAAAGAUGUGGCACGACAAGAACCUUCGCAAGAAGGAGCUCAAGGUGGGCCAGAAAAUGCUACUCUUCCAGUCAAGACUCAAGCUGAUGCCUGGGAAGUUGCGGUCAAGGUGGAUCGGCCCCUAUACCAUCAUCGCCAUCAGAGUAAAUGGAGCAAUCGAACUCAAAUGA